UGAAACCAACCCUAAGCUCCUUGUUUCUCCGCUCUAAAGUUACAUUUUGGCGCCGUCUAUGGGAAUUCGCACUGAAAGCUCCCUUGUUGCUCUUAUCAUGGUUAAAACUAGGUCAGUCCGAGGUGGAAAUUCAUCUCAGCCUCUUGGACGAGGUCAGAUCCCCAGCAACUUUCCCCCUCAUCCCCCACCCCCAAUUCCGAAUACACUCCCGCAUGUUGACCAUGAAGAAGGAGGAGAUGAAAAUCAGCCACACAAUUCGGCUCACCACUCAGCCUUUACUGCUAACCAAGACGUAGUCGCAACUCAGCUCGCUACCAUGCAACAACAGUUUGGUGUCUUUCAGCUAGUGCUGGCUCAGCUAUUAGCCCGGAACAAUCCUGGCGAUCCACUCAUCAACCUACUUAAUCCUGUUCCACAACCCUCGCUCCACAACAAAAUCCUGAGCCAGUUCAGCAUGCUUCUGCUCUUAGAAAAGCUAGUGGCCGAACAGCGAGGUGCCCCACCCCCACAUCAUGCUGCUAACUCUAUACCCCAUCCCCUGAACACCAACAUUACAUUGGAACCCUACCCCGCUGGCUUCAGGAUACCACAACUCGAAACGUAUGAUGGGACGAAGGACCCCGAUGAUCAUCUCCAUGCUUUCUACUCUUGCAUGCAAGCCCAGAACGCCUCUGAUGCGUUGAUGUGCAAAAUCUUUCCCUCCACUCUCCGAGGUAAUGCACGAACCUGGUACUACAAUCUACCUCCGAGGCAGAGAGACGGAGAGUCUUUGAAGACUUUUAUGAGUAGAUUUAAUGAUGCAGUAUUAGAGGUUAAUUCCUUCGACCAGGCUGUGGGAAUUACAGCCGUAAUCUCAGGUCUCAGCCAUGAGAGAUUCAGGGAUAGCCUGCUUAAACAUCCGGCCACUACCUUCAGCGAGGUAAAUGAUAGAUCACUGAAAUUCAACACUGCUGAGGAAUAUGCCCUGUCGCAGAACCUAGCCCCUAUUAAGAACCAGCACCCGGACUGGAGGGAUGAGAAUCCGAACCGAAAGCGGUUGAAGACAACACAGAACCGAGGUCCGAUGCCGACUUCCACUCCGAGGUUCGGAAGGCCGAAUUCAGCACCUCCGCAACAACCUGCAGGUAAACCUCCUGUUACUUGGACUCCAUUUAACUUGCCGAGGUCGCAGAUCUUUAUGCAGAUUAAGAACAAGAUGGAUCUAAGGCGUCCUGGUCCGAUGAAAACUGCCCCUGCUAGCCGAGAUCAUACUAAAUAUUGUGAUUUCCAUCAAGAUCACGGUCAUACAACAGAGCAAUGCAACAGUUUGAGGUCCGAACUGGAAAGUCUUGCCCAGAAGGGAUUGUUAAAUGAGUACAUUCAGAGAACUGAACAGCCAAGGAUCAUACACAUGAUCACGGGAGGCCUAGAAGCCGGUGGUCUGAGUUCUAAGCAGCGAAAGUUGUAUGUCAGAGAGGUUAAGCAUCAGAACCGAGCUCAGAAGCGAAAGUUUGAUGAUGCUGAGUGGAAGAAUCAGCCCAUCACUUUCACAUCUGCUGAUCUCGAAACAGUUAUCACACCUCACAAUGACCCUCUAGUCACUUCUGUCAGGAUCAACAAUUGUGAGGUGCAGCGUGUCCUUGUUGACACCGGAAGCGCAUCAGACAUCAUGUAUUUCCACUGUUUUGAGAGUCUUGGACUAGACUCGGCAUUAUUGCAGAGGUAUGAUGGUCCCAUCUAUGGUUUCAAUAACCAGCCAGUUCCAGUUGAAGGUGUCCUAACCAUGAAUGUUGCAUUUGGGAGCGGCCGAACCUAUGUGACUCCUUCUGUCCGGUUUCUAGUGGUUAAGAUGGCGUCCUCCUUCAAUGUUGUUAUUGGCCGACCCACGCUGACUGAAAUCCGAGCCGUGGUUUCCCAGUCUCACCUCUGCAUGAAGUUCCCCACUCCCAUGGGAAUAGCAACACUGCGAGGAAACCAAGAGAUUUCUGACAAUCAGCAAGUCAUGGGAGUUGAGAUCAUAGAUAAUCGCCCAGAAGAUGAAACCAGAGCUGCCCCAGUUGAAGAUGUUGAAGAGGUGCAGAUUGAUGACAGAGAUCCGAGCCGAACAACGCAAAUUAGAACUAAGUUGAACCCAGAGGAACGAGCAGAGCUAAUAGCUUUCCUCCGGGCCAACAAAGAUGUUUUUGCAUGGACUUCAACAGAUAUGCCGGAAAUUCCCACUUCGGUUUCUCAACAUAAACUCAGCACCAAUCCACUCAAGAAACCAGUGGCUCAAAAGCGGCGCCUCUUCGGAGGGGAGAGGUUAAAUGUUAUUAAAGAAGAAGUCGAGAAGCUCCUACAAGCCGGUUUUGUCAGACGGGUAGAUUACUGUGAGUGGGUCGCCAAUCCGGUGCUGGUGAAAAAAGCAAACGGUAAAUGGCGAAUGUGCAUCGAUUACACUAACCUCAACGAUGCAUGUCUAAAGGACUGUUACCCAAUGCCAAACAUUGAUAAGCUGGUUGAGGCAGCUUUGGGAAAUGAGAGAUUGAGUCUCUUGGAUGCAUAUUCAGGAUAUCACCAAGUGCCAAUGGCUCCAGAAGACGAAGAGAAAACUUCGUCCUAUGCCGGCGAUGAAAUCUAUUGCUACGUGAUGAUGCCCUUCGGCUUGAAGAACGCGGGCGCCACUUACCAGAAGAUGGUUACCAUCGUAUUCCGAGCUCAAAUAGGCAGGAAUCUGGAAGUUUAUAUUGAUGACAUAGUGGUGAAGAGUUUGAAGGCUGAAAAUCACUUGACCGACCUCGAGGAAACAUUUAACAACCUCAGAAAGAAUAGAAUGAGAUUAAAUCCGGCAAAAUGUAUUUUCGGUGUGGAGUCGGGAAAGUUUCUAGACUUCAUGGUGUCCAGAAGGGGGAUUGAGGUCAACCCUGAGAAGAUCAAAGAAGUGGCCGAGAUGGAACCACCGAAGUCAGUGAAAGAUGUACAGAGGUUGACGGGGAGAGUAGCAGCCCUUCAUAGAUUCAUUUCGAAAUCCGCAGACAAGUGCCUGCCGUUCUUUAAGAUUAUGAGAUUGGCAGCUCAGAAGGAUGAAUCUGGCAAACAAAAGAAGUUUACAUGGAAUUCAGAAUGUCAAGAUGCAUUCGACGAGCUAAAGUCUUAUCUUAGCUCGCCUCCUUUGCUGACAAAGGCUGAGGAUGGAGAAAUCCUUUACUUGUACCUCGACAUAUCAAAUGAGGCUAUCAAUUCUGUGUUAGCAAGGGAAGAGGGAAAGCAACAGAAGCCAGUGUACUACAUCAGUAGCGUGUUGCAUGGAGCUGAAGUCAGAUAUUCCAUUGUUGAGAAAGCAGCCUUAGCAGUUGUCACUUCGGCCAGGAAAUUGAGACCGUAUUUCCAAUCACACCCAAUCAUAGUCCUCACAGACCAGCCCCUUAGACAAAUUUUGCAGAAGCCAGAAUGUUUGGGGAGAUUGAUCAAAUGGGCAGUUGAACUAGGAGAAUUCGAGAUCACAUUUCAGCAGAGGUCAGCAAUCCGAGCUCAGGCUCUCGCUGACUUCAUAGUGGAAUGCACCUCGGCUCACUCUGAUUCCCCGUCCGAGGUGGACAGCUGGAUUCUGUAUGUUGAUGGCACAUCAAGUAACAAAGGUUCUGGCGCUGGUGCAAUCCUACUUGGCCCAGAUGGGUACCGAAGUGAACACGCUUUAAAAUUUAAUUUUGACGCCACCAACAAUAUGGCCGAAUACGAAGCUCUGCUGCUCGGCUUACAGCUGGCGACAGAAUUGAAGGUUGCAGUGAUACAAAUAUACAGUGAUUCACAGCUAGUAGUCAAUCAGGUUAACUCAGUCUGUGAAGUGGUUGAUCCUAUUAUGACGAAGUAUGCAACUCUGGUGGCCGAACUGAAAUCCAAAUUCCAGAAAUUCCAUUUAAGCAAAAUACCUCGAGCUGAAAAUGAGCAAGUAGACUCUCUCUCCAAGUUUGCUUCCGAUGGCAACCAAAGCUCCAGGUCGGUCUUUGUAGAAAUUCUGGACGAGCCUAUCUUCUUGAAACCACAAAUGAUGGAGGUCAGCACAGAUCCUAGCUCAUCAAGCUGGACAGAUCCAAUCAUCUCGUUUCUGCGAGAUGGCACAGUGCCCGCGGAUAAACAAGAAGAGAUGAGGUUGAGGAAGAAGGCAUCUCGGUACACCCUUGUUAAUGAUGUUCUCUACAAGAGAUCUUUCUCACUCCCUCUGCUCCGCUGCCUCACCCCUUACGAGGCUGAAUACGCACUUCGGGAGGUGCAUGAAGGCGUCUGCGGAAGUCACGUAGAAGAGCUCACUACGUUGGUGGCACCUUGGCCAUUCACUCAAUGGGGUCUUGACCUUUUAGGCCCAUUUAUGAAGGGGGUACGAGGUGUAACCCACCUCAUUGUUGGUGUAGAUUAUUUCACAAAAUGGGUUGAAGUUCGGGCAUUAUCCAGUCUCACCUCCAAGAAGGUCGAAGACUUUGUUUUCAACUCAAUCAUCUGCAGAUAUGGGAUCCCGAAUCAGAUUGUGGCUGAUAAUGGAACUCAAUUUAACUGCACCUCUUUUCGAGAUUUCUGUUCCAGCUACGGGAUUAAACUGCAGUUCACCUCGGUUUAUCAUCCAGAGUCCAACGGCAUGGUCGAAUCUGUUAACAAAUGCAUUUUAGAAGGUGAAACACCCUAUCAUCUGGCCUUUGGUACCGAAGCAGUCAUUCCUAUCGAGAUAGGAGUUCCAAGCUUCAGAGUCACCCAUUUCGAUGAAGGACGAAAUGGACAACUGCUUCAGGAGAACCUUGAUCUGCUUGAUGACGUUAGAGAAGAAGCACGACUUCGAACUCUAGUCUACAAGAAAGCUGGUCUAAUGGGGUUCGAAACUCGAUUCGGCAAGUUGGCACCAAACUGGGAAGGCCCCUACACUGUUGCCGAAGUGCCGCACCAAGGUGCCUAUAUCCUACGGGACACUGAAGGCAACCGGGUUCCCAGAGUCUGGAAUGUCAAUAAUUUGAAGAAAUUUUACCCUUAAUGCAUCUCUUUCUAGUAAACUUUGUCUCAUUUUUAUAUUUGUUGUUAUUCUAUUUGCUCGAUGUGUGUCUGAACUCAAUUCAUUUAUCUCAAUAAUGGGUGUCACUUCAC